AUGGCUACCAACGCCACGAGCUUCACGUCGCCUCUGGCUGACAAGUUUGCCGCCGUCAGUCUUCCUCCGCAGGUUGACUAUGUCAUUGAAAAGGUCGCCAGCGCCGGCAUCCUCACCUGGCUUUUCACCCUCCUCGCCCUUGCUGUUGUCUACGACCAGAUUAGCUACUUGUCUCAAAAGGGCUCAAUUGUUGGCCCUGCAUUCAAGGAACCCUUUAUUGGUCCCUUUUUGCAGUCUGUGAACCCCAAAUUUGAAGAGUACUACGCCAAAUGGGUCAGCGGUCCCCUUAGCUGUGUCUCUGUCUUUCACAAAUUCGUCGUCAUCGCUUCCACUCGCGACCUGUCCCGCAAGAUCUUCAACUCCCCCGGUUUCGUCAAGCCCUGUGUCGUCGAUGUCGCCACCAAGAUUCUUGGAGAGAAGAGCUGGGUCUUCCUCGAUGGAAAGGAACACGUCGACUUCCGCAAGGGUCUCAACGGUCUCUUCACCCGCAAGGCUCUCGAGUGCUACCUGCCCCGACAGGAGGAGGUCUACAACCGAGAGUUCAAGAAGUAUGUCGAGAUCACCAAGGAGGCCGGCGGCAAGCCUGUCCCAUUCAUGCCUCACUUCCGUGAUCUCAUGACCGACGUCUCUUGCCGUACCUUUGUCGGUUACUACAUUUCUCAGGAGGCCAUCAAGAAGAUCUCGGAUGACUACUUCCUGGUUACCGCUGCUCUGGAGCUUGUCAACUUCCCCAUCAUCAUUCCCUACACCAAGACUUGGUACGGAAAGAAGGCUGCUGCCAUGGUCAUGGACGAGUUCGCCAAGUGUGCCGCCAAGGCCAAGGUUCGCAUGGCUUCUGGCGCCGAGGUUACUUGCAUCAUGGACGCCUGGAUCAAGGAUAUGAUUGCCUCCAAGAAGUGGCGCGAGGCCACCGAAAAGGGUCUGCCCACCGACGGUCUCGACAAGCCGCAGCCUCUGAUCCGCGAGUUUACCGACUUUGAGAUUUCGCAAACCAUCUUCACCUUCUUGUUCGCUUCCCAAGACGCCACGAGCAGUGCCGUCACCAACAUGUUCCAGAUCAUGGCUCAGCGACCUGAGGUCUUGGACAGAGUGCGCGAUGAGAACAUCAAGGUCCGCAACGGUGACCCCAACGCCGCCGUUACCCUCGACGAACUCGAAUCCAUGACCUACACUCGUGCUGUUGUGAGAGAGCUUCUGCGCUACCGUCCUCCCGUCUUGAUGGUGCCCUACAAGGUCAAGAAGUCGUUCCCCAUUACCGAUGACUACACUGUUCCCAAGGGCGCCAUGGUUAUUCCCACGACGUACAUGGCUCUUCGCGACCCCGAGGUGUACGAGAACCCCGACUACUUUGACCCUGACCGCUACUACUCUGGCGACGCCGAGGAGAAGGGCGCAAAGAACUACUUGGUUUUCGGUACCGGCCCUCACUACUGCCUGGGUCAGCACUAUGCUCAGCUCAACCUUGCGCUUUGCGUCGGAAAGGCUGCGAUUCAGCUCGACUGGAAGCACCACGCUACGCCUCUUUCAGAGGUCAUCAAGGUGUUUGCCACCAUUUUCCCAGAGGAUGACUGCCCUCUUACUUUCGAGACCAGAAAGUGGUAA